CCGGGAUCGACGAGCGGCACCGGGAUCGACGAGCGGCACCGGGAUCGACGAGCGGCGCCGGGAUCGACGAGCGGCACUGGGAUCGCGGAGCUGCCCCGGAGGUCAUAAUCCAGAUAACUUUCUUUGUGCUACUCGGAGGAAUACUUUGCCUGGUCCCUCAGGGCCAUAGAGAAGAUGUACAUCAAGUCAAUUGUUCUGGAAGGAUUUAAAUCCUAUGCUCAAAGGACCGAAGUUCGUGACUUUGACCCAUUAUUCAAUGCCAUUACUGGCUUCAAUGGUAGUGGCAAGUCCAAUAUCUUGGACUCUAUCUGUUUCGUGUUGGGAAUCAGCAAUCUGUCACAGGUGCGAGCUUCCAACUUUCAAGAUCUAGUUUAUAAAAGUGGGCAAGCUGGAAUUACAAAGGCAACUGUGUCAAUUACCUUUGAUAAUUCGAACAAGAGUCAGAGUCCACUUGGAUUUGAAGCUAAUGAUCAGAUUAUCGUGACUAGACAGGUUGUCAUUGGAGGUAAAAAUAAGUAUCUUAUCAAUGGUGUGAGUACUACCAGCAAUCGUGUGCAGGAUCUCUUCUGUUCCAUUGGACUCAAUGUCAACAAUCCUCACUUCCUCAUUAUGCAGGGAAAAAUUACCAAAGUUCUGAAUAUGAAGCCACAAGAGAUUUUAGCCAUGAUUGAAGAAGCAGCUGGUACUAGGCUGUAUGAAUGCAAGAGGAACGCUGUCCAGAAGACCAUAGAGAAGAAGGAAUUCAGACUGAAAAGCAUUGAAAUGGUCCUAAGUGAAGAGAUCAGUCCAACUUUAGAGGAACUGAGAGAGGGACGAGCAGCCUAUCUAGAACAUCAGAAAUUAGUACGAGAAGCAGAACAUUUAAGCCGCUCUUGUGUAGCUUAUCAGUUUUUUCAGGCUGAAAAAACAAAAGAAUCCUCCAGUGAUCAGUUAAAGGAAAUGCAAGCUAAUAUAGAGAAAUUUCGUGAAUCAAAGGCUGAAUCAGAACAGAGGGUGAAAAAACUUAAUGAAGAUAUAGUGGAGAUGGAAAAGGAGAAGGAUAAGAAAGUUGGAGGUAUACUCCGUGAACUGGAAGCUGCUCUUUCAGAAAAUCAAAGAGUUAAUACCAAAGCACGAAGUGCCCUUGAUCUCAAGAAGCAAAACUUAAAAAGUGAAGAAAUAAAGUGCAACGAACUGGUAACACGUAUGCAGAAGGACUCUAAAGCACUGGUGUCAAAGGAGCAAGAACUAAAGAAGAAAGAGAAAGAACUAAAUGCUUUAGAGGAAGAGAGUGAAAAAGAUGCAGAUGCUUUAGCUGCAGCACAGAAACGUUUCAAUGCUCUGUCUGCUGGUGUAUGCAACAAUAACAAUGGGGAAGAAGCUUCUCUUUCUGAGCAGAUGAUGAUCUGCAAAAAUGAAAUUAGCAAAGCAGUAACGGAUACUAAACAGGCUCAAAUGAAGUUGAAUUACGCACAAAAAGAACUAAAGACAAAAGAAACUGAAGUUAAAAAGAUGGAUAAAGGCUACACAGAAGACCAAAAAGCAUUUGAAGCAGUCGAAAAAAUGAGAAAAACCCUGGAGAACCAAAUGAAGGAGCUGAACUAUACAGAAGAGAAAGAAGCAACCCUUCCAGCGAAAAAGAAGGCAUUAAUGUCUGAGAUCAGCCGGCUGAGAGAAUUGCUUGAAAGUUUAAUGGCAAAGUUUCCUCAUCUGCAAUUUGAGUACAAAUAUCCAGAAAAAAAUUGGAAUCCAAGCAAUGUGAAAGGCCUUGUUGUGACUCUUAUAAUUGUGAAAGAUCUUUCCAAAGCAAAAGCCCUGGAGGCAGUGGCUGGAGGGAAACUCUAUAACGUUAUUGUGGACACAGAGGUGACUGGCAAAAAGCUUUUAGAAAUGGGUGAACUAAAGCAUCGAUACACCAUCAUUCCACUGAACAAAAUUUCAGCCAGAUGUGUUCAACCAGACACGGUCAAGCUGGCCCAAAGCUUGGUUGGUCACAAUAACUUGCAUUUAGCCCUAGCUCUAGUUGCAUAUGAACCUGAACUGCAGAAAGCAAUGGAAUAUGUCUUUGGGACAACACUGAUCUGCAAUAGCAUGGAUAAUGCUAAGAAAGUGACCUUUGACAAAAGGAUAAUGACGAAAACGGUUACUCUUGAUGGAGAUGUGUUUGACCCCCAAGGCACUCUGCAUGGAGGUGCGUCCUUACAGGCUGCACCAAUAUUAUCUAAACUUCAAGAAAUGAAAGAUAUUGAAGCAGAACUCAAGGCAAAGGAAUCUGAACUUGAGACUGUAGAGAAUGAGCUGGCAAGCUUGAAGAAGGUUGCUGAAAAGUACCGGCAACUGAAGCAGCAGUGGGAGAUGAAGUCUGAGGAAGCAGAGCUGCUGCAAAAGAAGCUUCAUCAAAGUGCUUAUCACAAACAAGAGGAAGUGCUGCUCUCCCUGAAGAAAACCAUUGCGGAGUGUGAAGAGACAUUAAACAAAACUGAAGAGAGAAAAAAGAAAGCAGAAGACAAAUACAGGGAAUUAGAGAAAAAAAUGAAAAAUGCAGAAGCAGAAUAUGCAGAAGAAAAAAAAAGUGCUGAGCAGGCACUAGCUGCUGCCAAGAAAAAGGCAGAUGCUUCAAGCAAAAAAAUAAAGAAUAUGCAACAGGAAGUCAAAGCUUUAGUUCUGGAACUUGAAGAGCUGAAACAAGAACAGGCUUCCUGUAAACAACAGAUAGCAGCUGCAGAGGAAGCAAUCAAAUCCUACCAGGAGCAAGUUGAUGCUAUGACAGCUGAGGUUGCUAAGGCAGAGGAAUCUGUAGAGAAAUCACAGAAGGAGCUGGCUGAACAAAAGGAAGUAAUCAUGUUACAGGAUAAUGCAAUUAAAGAAAAAUCUGAAGAGAUGCUAAAAUACAGAGAGCAAAAUAAUGAAUUACAUCUUAAGAUUAAAGAAUUAGAACAUAACAUCAUCAAAUGUCAACAAGAGGCUGCUGAUGCUGCUGCCAAGAUAACCAAAAUGCUGGCAGAGCACAAGUGGAUAGCUUCAGAAAGAGCACUCUUUGGUCAGCCAAACACACCCUAUGAUUUCAAAAAUAACAAUCCUAAGGAGGCAGUUCAAAAGCUGCAGAAAUUGCAGGACCGUAUAGAGAAGUCUGGAAAGAAUGUGAACCCAAGAGCUAUGAACCUGCUCGCUGACACAGAGGAGAAGUACAAUGACUUAAUGAAGAAAAAAAAAACUGUAGAGUGUGACAAGUCAAAAAUUCUUGCAGUUAUUGACGAGCUUGACCAGAAGAAAAAAAAAUCUUUAGACAUUGCUUGGAAAAAGGUGAAUGAAGACUUUGCUUCCAUUUUCUCGACACUCCUGCCAGGAGCCAAAGCUAUGCUGGUAGCCUCUAAAACCAACAGUGUCUUGGGUGGUGUGGAGUUCAGAGUUGCCUUAGGAAACACCUGGAAGGAAAACUUAACAGAACUUAGUGGAGGACAAAGAUCGUUGGUGGCCUUAUCCUUGAUUUUAGCCAUGCUUCUCUUCAAGCCUGCCCCAGUUUACAUCUUGGAUGAAGUGGAUGCAGCCCUUGAUCUGUCUCAUACCCAAAAUAUUGGGAUGAUGCUUCAAACUCAUUUCAGGCACUCUCAGUUUAUUGUAGUGUCCUUGAAGGAUGGAAUGUUUAGCAACGCGAAUGUCCUCUACAAGACCAGGUUUUUGGAUGGUGUAUCCACUAUCACAAGAUACGAUCAAAGAAGACCUAUUAGGUCUCCUGGCAAAAAAACCAAGAGAGCAAGUACAAGCCCUGAGAGACUAUACGCAAAGCGGAGAAACUGUACCCUUCAGUGUGUAGGAGCAGGUUGUUAA